UUAUAUAUAUGAAUAAUAACAUAUUUGGAUUAUUCAUUAAAUCAACAAAUAAUAAGCCCAAGGUGUGAUUAAUGAAGUGUAGAAAAUCACCGAUAAGAAUAUUGAUAAGUGCUUAAGUUUUUGUUUUAUCGCAAUCGUACUGCAGUGCAAAAGACGCAGUUCGUAUUCUUUUAAACCAUUGUUUAUUCGAAGGAUAUUCUAACAUUUCUAACACCAUUCAGUUGGUGUGAAAGCGUUUGUUGACAAACACAAUCGUAAUAGGAAUGCGUAAACGAAACCGCAGUUCCUCGGAUAUAACAAUACCUGUUUACUCGAUGACGCAAAUCAUGGGUUCCCAGUCCAAAAGCGCAACGCCUGACAAUAGCGACGACGAGAGCGGCGAAGCAUUCACCGAUGCAGACUUCGGCGACUCUGACGAUGAAAUCAACGUAGAGUUAGACGUAGUAGAACCUAGCGAUAAUUCCAAACUUAACGAAACGGUAAAUUCUGAGCUGGUAGACAUGGAGAUCGCACACGGCGCCCGCAACGGCUUCGACGAUGCUAAAGUUAACGGGCUUAAGAACGGAGACGCGGAAUGUGAUGGGAUGCCCAGCGCGCGGCGGGACUCACAUGGCGAUCAGAAUCCCUCCAUCGUUGGCAUUCUCGGCGGCCAGCAGGAUCAUGCGGAGCAACGGCUAGCGGCGCGGCGGGCGGCGCGGGCGGAGGCGCGCGAGAUCCGCAUGCGCGAGUUGGAGCGCCAGCAGCGGGAGCAGGAGGACCAUGCUGACAAGGCCUACGACAUGUAUGCCGAGACGGUGGGGCGGCGCACGGGCACCCGGCUGACGGGGCUCAGCCCCGCGGCGCUGCACUCGCCGCGGCGGAGCUCCGAGGACUCGGCCGACGACACCUUCAACGUCAAGGACCUUAGGGGGGAGUUGAAAGAGGUAGAAGAAAAAUUUCGCAAGGCGAUGAUCUUAAAUGCGCAGCUCGACAACGACAAAGCGGCGCUCGGUUACCAGCUCGAAUUACUAAAAGACCGCAUCGAGGAGCUACAUGAGGAAUACGCACAAUUACAGCGGGAGCACAAGGAGAAAUGCUCGGCCCACGAGCGUCUAAAACGCGAGCACUUGUCGCUGGAGCGCGAGCUGGGCGCGGCGCGCGGCGCCGUGCGCGCGCGCGACCUGGCCGCCGCCGCCGCCGGCCGCGCCUUCGUGGACGCCGCGCCCGCGCCCGCCGACGGGGAGGACAGGCCCGAGCCCAAGCUGGCGCUAGUGUCGCACCAGAAUGAGCAGCUGCUCAACGACGCCGGCGAGGGAACGCUAGAUGUCCGGUUGCAAAAGCUGCUCAGCUCGAAGCAGUCUCUGGAGGGUGAGGUGCGGCGCCUCAAGCUGCAGCUCAACGAGGAGCGCCACAACGGCGUCGCGCGCGCUCACGACCAGGACCUCGAAUCAGAAUUGGAGGCCCUCCGCAAGUCAAACGCGGAAGCGAAAGCGCGAGCGGCGCGCGCCGAGGCGGAGGCGGCGCUGCAGGCCGCCGCCGCCACGCGCCUCGGGGCGCAGCUACAGCGGCUCAAGGCGCAGGCCGACGCCAGGGACGAUGCCGAGGAGCAGCUCAAGCAGGAGCGCCGCAAGCUGCAGAGGGAGGCCCGCGAAGCGCUAAACCGAGUAGAAGAGUUGGAGACGGAGAACAGCCACCUCACCAAGCGGCUCGACAAGCUCAAGAACGCCAAGUCCGCGCUGCUCAAGGAGCUGUGACCCGGUCCAAUACCGACCUUAACCUGAACACAUACGGUCCACUUUACAAUGGAGUUCAGCCGUGGCUUCGCCUGAGCCUGUGUCUUCGAAUAUGAACCUUGCUGCGGCCGCGGAAAGUUUAAAUUACAAUAAACCAAGCUGGAAUUAUGACUCAUGCCCGGCACUGUGCAAUGUAUCAAUACCAAUCUUAACCCAACGACGUAAAGUAUAAAUUGUAAUGAACUCGUGCCCAUGCCGCAAAUUCUAAAUUUGAAAGAAUCAAUCAUAUGGUCUUGCGUCUCUGUGCUCAGGUAACAUGAAUCCAACCUUAACGCCUGGACGCAAGGUCUAUAUUUAAGUAAUCGUAUACUUCGAACUGCUUUAAAGUAAUAUAAACCGUGAUGCAUACAGUUAAGGUAUAAAAUGACAUGAUUUUUCUGUAGUGCAACGACGGUUAUUUAACUUUGUAGUGCGGUUUAAGUUAUUUUUUUGCAUAAUGGAAUCUGUCACAGAAAGACUAUGACUCAUUAACUGUCGUAGCUUAAAACCAAUGCUUUUUAUAAAAUAUCAGCACAGAAUUUCGGGCACCUGUAUCUUAUACCAAUCAACAUAAUAGCCAUGUAGUAUAGUGUAGGUAAACGCUGAACCUUUAGCGAGAUGACACUGACAUUACCAGAACCAUAAAUAAACCAUUUAGUAGACGGCCAUCCAAAGCACGUACGUAAUCUUAUUGACACUCAUAUAGAUUAAAAAUAAGUACUUUUGCCAUCUUUAUAUGUGUUGCGUCUGUAAGAUUACUCUAGAUUCCGAUUCACGAAAGCUGGCACGAAUUUAAUGAACGAAACUCUCAUUGUAUGACUGACACCUGUAUCGGUGUACAGUCAGAACCACCAUUUUAAUGGUUGAUGCGAUACUCACAUAGAUAUUUCCAUUCACUCAUUCAUUCCAUUCGUGACAGCUCUUGUGAAUCGACCUAUAGGCGUUGGUGCUCUAAUGAGGGACGCGCAGUUGAAGAUGGUUUAUCUCUAAGAUGGUUUCGGAAAUGAAAGUCCAUAUGAACAAGCCGUGACAUGUUAUACACCCAAAUAAUUUGGUUGUGUUAAGAAACAUUUAAUAAUUCUAAUUUGUAAAUUGCUUGAUAAAUGUUAAUUUUUGUAAAAAUAAUCAUGUGUAUAAUUAAUAAUUUGUUUUAAUGAUAAUUAUUUAUUCCUAAUGCAUUGAAUUAUGUUCGUAUUUUUCUGUAUAUUUCUAUUUUAUUUUAGAAUAAUGAUAGCUUGCCGAUAUUUCGCUUCGCGUAACUAAUACUAAAAUAUUUUAUUACUUGCCAUUCGGUAUCACAAAUUUGUUUUAUUUUGCAAUAAAAUGGGUAAUUUAAGAGUUCGAAUGAAAGAGUGGGAAGGUCACAUAGUUAAUAAAGGGGGUAAGAGAUACCCAAUAGGAAAAAUUGGACACAUACAUGCAUUUACCAUUUUUGGGAUUAUAUAAUAGUUUGGCUAGCCACUACUUCGAUGACAGUUGGAGCAAAGUAAAUUAAAGUCAUCCCUCUUUAUUUUUUAUAGUACUAGUAUUAGCAUAAGACAGUAUGAUUCCCUAGCUGAUUCUUAAGAGAGAGAAAUGGGGCAUUCCAGAUAACUGUGUAACAUGACGCUAUUUUUUAAAACUUCUGAUAAAGCUAAGAAGCCGAUAUUUGGCAUGAUAACUUUGCUUUAAAUUUUUACGGCAUAUGAUACAGAUUUCUGCAGGUUUAGGUACUGUGCUACAUGAAAUAGUAGAAAUUAAAUAAAAUGGAACAAAUAAUCCAUACAAAAUUAUUGCCCUGUUAAAGCAUUUUACGUCAAAAUGUGAUAGUUACGAAGAAAGUGGCGCCCUCAUUUAAUUUCUACUCUUUCAUGUCCCACGAAGCUGCCAUACGCGUCAUGUCUCCUACAAAGUAGACCUUUUUUGUGGAAUGCCCCAAAUGGCUAGCUAAACUAUAAUCACUCGGCAAGUUCUAAAUUGUAAACUAUCUGCAUAUGGAUGGAUAUGGAGGAAACUGUCAUGUGCCGAUCCCCGAUAUUAAUUCUGUGAUAUUAAUUGGUUGAUUAUGAAUGUAUAAAACGAUUGCUCAAAACGGUAUCCCACGUGAUGUGAUAGCAGAUUGAAUUUAAACGUCCACCGAGCGCGGCUCGCGGUUAUGAGAUUACAUACAUAUUGGAUAGUUACCAAACCCUACUCUUACUAAUUUACAGAGAUUACUGAAUAAUAAAGACUGUUUAUCCUCUAUAACUUACUUUCCCUGAGAAAUAACAAGUUAUAAAUCCCCAUUUAGAUUGUUCUAGAAUUUGCAAGCAAUUUUCGUUGCUAUAUUUGAAUGGUUGUCAAAUCGUUCGUUGGCGUGAAAUCUUGUCAGCAAUGUAUCGAAUAUUACAUGCAAUUUCAUGAACCGUCUUCAUAGGGCUUUUUGUGUCAAAUUGUAGAGACCUCGUCUGUCACCUUAUGGCCUAAAUCUAAAACUUGACAUUGACACUUCACGCCAAUAAGCAUGCAAGUACUGCCGCCUACAGUUCACAUAUACAGAGAUUAACAGUUUUUAUUAUUUCCUCGUCUCAACUAAUGUCAUGAAUGAAUUUAAUAUGUAACGAGAUGAAUGUUCGCGGAUGUUCUAUAUAUAUUUUGAUGGGUAGAGCAAUGUGGGCGAUUAUGGACCUUGUUGUACAUGUAAUAUAGUUGUAAUUCGAUAGUCAUGCUCACGUAACUUAACCGUGCCAUCGAGCACCAAAUUAAUGUAUUAGAAUACAAUUUGAUGUGGUAGUUCUCCGUAGUAACCAAUUCAUGUUGCGGUUAGGCCGCGUACACACUGUAGUUUAUUCAAAAAUAAAGAUUCAUUGCUGUAAGAUGUGUCAAAUUCGUGCUUCAAAUUUUGACAGCUGAUGUAGAUGGCGCUGUACGACUCGGAACAUUAUGCGGUAACACUGGUUGUCAAAAGUUGACCUUUUACCAGUGACCACAAAACAUGGCGCCGUACAGCGCCAUCUUUAGCUGUCAAACUCAAGGGCACGAUUUUUUCUUAGAGUUUACUCCUCUUCUAAAUACAAGUAAAAUGCAGUGUGCCCGCGGUUUUAGUGAUAUGCUUGUCAGAUGUUUUUAUAUACGGUUGAAUGGUUCGAAUGAAGUAUAAUGACGGAUCGUUUCGGCCCCGUAGAGGUAGAAUUUUAUACGCCACAAAUAUAACUGCACCUGCAUUUAGAGACUAGUGCAUUUGCAAGGUGUAAAUCAGGAGUUCUCAACCACCAAUUACGUAAUACCAAAGGGGGAGUUUUUCUUGAUUUUGCAACAUUAAAAGGAGGCUUGGCAAAAAAGGUUGGGGACCCCUGGUGCAAAGUAUUUAACCGUUAUGAAGUCUUGUAUUAAGCGCUGGAUUCGCAAUUAUUUUUUCUAUCCAUCCUUUUAACCGAUUUUGUUCUUUAAAUGUUGUCUGCUAGAGCUGUAAACGAUAAUGAGACUUAAUUUAAUGAUGUUAAAGUUGCAUUUCGAGAGUGACCUGGGCACGCCUAAGGCAGUCGUUGAAAUUGAGACUGUAACUUCGUAACGUUAAGGUUCAUUAUUGCUUAUAUUGAAAAUUAGCAUGCAAUAUUACAGGAAUAAAUCACCCUCAAUAAUUUGUAAGUAGGAAUAUCAGUUGUAAGACCCCACAUCGACGCGAAACUAUUACAUUUUAAUUAUAAUCCCUAAUAAAUGGUUAGUUAGGCGUCGGUUUGAGGCCUAGUGAACGAUGUAUGUAUUUUGGUGCUGCAUUACUAAUUUAUUUUGUUUUAACUAGGACUGACAUGAAGCGAGACUUGACUUAAUAAUGUAUAAAUUUGGAUACUUUGAAUAAACUUCGCUCUGA